GUUUCUGUUCCCGCCAGUGUUUCCCUCCACUGCCCACCGCUCCCUCCCCCUACCCCCGUCCUUAAAAUCACCUACUCGUGCCCCGCCAAUCACACCCCCACGCAAUUCCCACAUCUCAGCUUCGCCGCCGCCCUCGUUCGCCCAGCCCAGCCGCCUCCUCCCGUCCUCCGCCUGUCCAUGGACCGCCGCCAUCGAGCCGUACCUUACUCCGCGCGCCAGCAGCAGCAGCGGUUCCUCCGGCCCGGCGCGCUCGCGCGGCUCCGGGACUCGAGGAUCGUCGCCCGCUCCGUCCGGUCGUCGGCGUGCCUCUUGCUCCCGCGGUCCGCCCCUCCGUCUCCGUCCCCCGCGCCCCCGGUCGUCGCCGCGGACGAGCUGGCCGCCGCACCGCGCUUCCUGGGGACCACGAGCGGCUCUGGACGGUACCCGCUCCGCAGGAGGGUCGUCGCCGCCAGGGGCGUGGCGUUCUCGCCGUCGUCGCCGUAGCCUGGCACGGACGGAGGCGCCGUAGCUGAGAACUUGUGACUAGAUUUGUGUUUAGUUCAGUAUUGCUGUGCAGAUGUUUUUGCACUUUCUUGGUUUACUUAAAAAAAAAGACUAGAGAUUUGAGGAAGGAAUAAUCACUCCGUUUUUUUUUGCUUGGUUCCUGAUUCAACUGUUCAAUCUUCACCUCGCUGGCAAGAUGCGAUCUG